AUGAAGAGCAAGAGCUGCUCACGAAGCUGGUGGCAAAGGCAUCCAUGAACCAUGGAGCUAUGUCUCAGGGCGCAAUGACAGAUGCAGCAAAACGCAGAGGUGAUGAGAUGGAUCCACGCCCAAAGACUCGUGGAGCACCCAGCAGCUAUGCAGCAGUCGCGGUGCCAGCAGCGCCAGAGCUUGACCGAAUUGUCGUGACAGGCUUGCCGGAGGGAGUUCCGGACCUACAUACAUGGGGAUUGACUGUGAUGACAGGUGGCAAGGUUGCGGCAGAGCGAUUGUGCUAUGAGGAGCUUCGUUCGUCGACAGAUUCUGACCAUGUACAGUAUUGUCGUUGGUUGAUGGCUCGGGCUAACACUAUGAAGGGGCAGUUCAAAGAUUUCAUCUCCUAUGUGCAGGCCUAUGAGGCACGCCAUGGAAAGGCAGGUGAGCGCCAGCUGCCGACCUUUAUUCCGGGCACGCAGGACCGGAGGAUCUUGAAGAAGAAGGCAUGA